CGGCGACAAGUAUAAAUAGGUUUUGUGUUUACAGUUAGUGUGAGUUCUUUGUUUUUCAUCAAAAUGUGUAGGCCAAAUAACAGCCUGUUUUGUUUUUCACAGCUGCUUGAGUGAGCAUAUUGUAAAAGACACUGGCAAAACAAGUUUGUUUCCAUUUUUUCUUGUAACGGAAGAGGAAACUUCGUCUGGAAACGUCAACAUAAGAGCAUCUUAAGAUUUCACAAAGGCACACAUUGAAGGUGGUGGCCAUGGUGCUGAUUUUGGGCAGAAGGCUGAACAGGGAGGAUGCCGGGAUCAGAGACUCACCAGCUGUCAAACGCAAGGUGUUUGAGGUUGACCCCAAGGCAUUGUCCAGCCAGGAUGUCUUGGAUUUCUGUUCUGGUUCUUCACACUCAGAGGGCAUCCUCCAGGUUUUCAAUGAAUUUCGCGAUUGCCGUUUGUUCACUGAUGUGGUCAUCAGCGUGCAAGGCCGUGAGUUCCCCUGCCAUCGUGCUGUGCUCUCUGCCUGCUCUUCCUACUUCAGAGCCAUGUUCUGCAAUGAUCACCGUGAAAGCCGCGAGAUGCUUGUGGAGAUCAAUGGCAUCCUGGCAGAAGCGAUGGACUCCUUCCUCAACUAUGUGUACACUGGCCGUGCCAAGAUCACCACAGAGAAUGUGCAGUUCCUUUUUGAGACCUCCAGUCUCUUCCAGAUCACUACAUUGCGUGAUGCUUGUGCAAAGUUCCUGGAGGAGCAGUUGGACCCAUGCAACUGCCUGGGCCUCCAGCGUUUUGCAGACGCCCAUUCCCUGAAACAGCUAGCUAGUCGCUGCCGCAGUUACGCCUUGGCCAACUUCUCAGAGGUGGCUCAGCAUGAGGAAUUUCUCGAUCUACACAAAGAAGAACUGGAAGAGUAUAUUGGCAGUGAUGAGUUGUCCAUCAGUAAAGAGGAGGUGGUGUUUGAGGCAGUCAUGCGUUGGGUGUACCACAGUAUGGAGCUCAGAAAGCCCAUUCUCAAGGAACUUCUGCACCAUGUGCGCCUGCCCCUUCUACAACCAAACUACUUUGUCCAGACUGUGGAAGGCGAUCAGCUCAUUCAGAAUGCUCCAGAGUGCUAUCAGCUGUUGCACGAGGCCAGGCGUUACCAUGUGCUUGGAAACGAAAUGAUGUCGCCCAGAACCCGGCCACGCAGGUCGACUGGCUUCUCGGAAGUGAUUGUGGUGGUGGGUGGUUGUGAGAGGAUUGGGGGCUUCAACCUGCCUUACACUGAAUGCUAUGAUCCAGUAACAGGAGAGUGGAAGUCACUGGCCAAGCUACCAGAGUUCACAAAGUCAGAGUAUGCCGUCUGUGCCCUCCGUAAUGACGUUCUCGUGUCAGGCGGCCGUAUCAACAGCAGGGAUGUGUGGAUGUAUACUUCACAGCUUAACCUGUGGAUCAGAGUGGCCUCUCUCAACAAAGGUCGCUGGAGACACAAGAUGGCCGUCCUACUUGGAAAGGUGUACGUUGUUGGUGGUUAUGAUGGCCAAAAUCGCCUCAGUAGUGUGGAGUGUUAUAACUCCUUCUCUAACCGCUGGACGGAAGUGGCUCCAUUGAAAGAGGCGGUCAGCUCUCCGGCUGUGGCCAGCUGUGCAGGCAAACUGUUUGUGAUUGGAGGAGGACCAGAUGACAACACCUGUUCAGACAAGGUUCAGUGCUACGAUCCAGAGACAGAUUCUUGGUUACUGCGGGCAAACAUUCCCAUUGCCAAGCGCUGCAUCACAGCAGUGUCACUCAACAAUCUGAUCUAUGUGUGUGGCGGUCUCACCAAGUCCAUAUUCUGCUACGACCCCAUGGAGGAUUACUGGAUGCAUGUGGUUCACACCUUCAACAAACAGGAGAGUUGUGGAAUGUCCGUGUGUAAUGGUAAGAUCUAUGUCCUCGGUGGCAGAGGGGAAAACGGUGAAGCGACAGACACCAUCCUGUGUUAUGACCCUGCAACAGGCAUCAUCACAGGAGUGGCAGCCAUGCCGCGACCAAUCUCCUACCACGGCUGUGUGACCAUCCACCGCUACAACGAAAAGUACCACCGGACCUGAUCGCCAACAGCCACGCACAAGAACACACACCAACAUGUCUGACCUUAAACUCUUUGAAACUGAAGCUCUUAAAGCACAUUCAUACACAGGACAAACAAAGCCGCUCUCUGCUAAAAAUCAGACACAUUUCACAAGGUUUAAUUUAUUUUCCCAGAGCGUGAUGUAGCAAACCGUCUGUGGAAAUGCUCAGCGGUUAUUAAUGCUAAUGAUAUGUCUGCUGCUUAAGGUAAAGUUGACCCAGAUCUGCAAAUCAGAAGUGCAACACAUUAGUCAUAUCAGUACAGUUUCAGGAUUACCUUACACGAUCAAAUUGUAGGGAAAUGUGCAAAUUAUUAAACUGUUUUUUAGAAAAGAUAAAGAGAAGAAAAAUUCUGCUCAUCCAAAUUUAAAAAGAAAAUACCUGAUCCUGCUGGAGAGGAUGGUGAUACUCUCAGAUAUUGAAUUAAAACUUCUAAGUGAAUUAGGUUUCACUGAAAUGUAAAUUAUCAAAAUGUUCUUAAUUAUGCCACUAAGUUUGAUUAUUUAUUUAUUUAUUUUUAUUAUUAUUUUUUUUUUUGGUCUGACACAAUUAAUUAGUCAUUCAGAAGAAAACUGAUUGUCAACUACUUUGAUAAACAAUUACUUGUUUAAUUCCACUUAUCGAGGAAAAAUACUAAACAUAUGAUUUCCCCCACCCACCCAAAAAAUUUAAUUAAUCUCUUGGAUUUGGACUGCUGGACAGACCAAACAAGUGUAAACAACAAAUUUAGUAAAUAUAUAUUUAGAAUCAUUUUCAGCCUCAAGGCCCUGUCUUGAUCAUCUGUGACACAUGUCCGAAGCACAUAACGCAAGUGCAUUUGACACGGUGCACAAUUUGAGUGCAAAGUUGGGCAUCGGGUAGAAAGGAAUUGUAUUUGGCCAAUUAAUGACUUGGCAUGUUUUGGGCAUAACAUGAAAUAAAAUCAGAUUGUCAUCUUUCAUCCUGUUUAAGACACAAGUGUCAGUGACUCAAGACGUGUGGCACAUUUCUGUGUGCUUGAUCCAGUGUGCAAGUGCCCUUUGUUGACCUGGCUGUGCCAGAUAGUUAUUUUUAGAUAUGGGAAUGGCCCUGCUGUCUACCUGGAUGGUUGCCAUCCAGGAUUCAAGGUUUUUCUGUGGCAUUGUGGAUUUAGUGAAGUGCAGCACCAGUGCAUGCUCUCAGACUUGACUUGACUUAAAUAGCAGAGAAACUGCGCUCGACUUUAGGCCAUGUCUUUGCCGGUCUGUGGUGUAAUUGUUUUCUGAAUUCACUUUCUUUCCUGACCACGCCUCAUUUUAGACCAACACGCCUGUGAGUUGAGUGCAGUUAAUACUUGGUACUUAGAUGACCUCAGUGCUGGGUGUGAAAACAAGAAGUGAGUCAGUUGUACACAAGCAAUAACACUUGCACUAUGCUGUGCACAGCAUGGAAGAUAGGGCCCUGAUCAACAUAG